CGAUAGGGGGUCUGGAGGAGGAACCUUAGGGGGAUGCAAUUCUUGGGGGUACGUCCAAGCCAACCCAUGUCAGAGUCAGGGACAGCAGAACAUAUGGAAGUGUAUGUCCCAGGGGUGGGGGAUUUGGAGUGAUAAGGGAAUCCUGAAGUAGGGUCUUUAGGGCAUACAGGGGUCUGGGGGAAGGUCCAGGUUGUCCAUGGUUGGACAGAAGUUAGCAUGUCAUGAGAAGGGGUUGUGUGGAGGUGGGAAUGGGAUCCUGAAGGGAUUUCAGGAAGCCUGUGGGGAAGGAAGGUGUGAGAGAGCUCUGGAGUGGUAGAAUAGGUUGGAGUAGAAGGACGUGGCGGGGGAGUUCCUGUGAGCGGUGGACCAACUGUAGCAGGUCUCAGGGCCAGGUCAGGGAGGUGCAGGAAGAGGUGGAUGUUUGAGCCCCCUUUCCCCAUUUAUUGACAGGCAGACUUAGGUGCUGGGUCCAGGUGUAAAGAUGAGAAGUGGGUAGGGGGUGGUUCCAGGCCAUGUUGGGCACUGGGGCCAGGAUUGGCUGAGGGUAGAGAGGAGAUAUCACUGGGAUACCCCCUACCCCAUUAUCUCUUGAUAAGCAGUCAGUCAGGGAGGGAGUAAGGAGGAGGUGGGGAUGUCCAGGUCAGGGUAGGCCGAGAGAGCUGGAGUCAACUAAGUGUAAGAAGAUGCGAAUGUUCCUGUCCAUGCUCUUUGGGGUCUUGGGAGCUUAGAGUGGAAACCCUAGGAUUCUCCCCCUGCUUUUGUCUUCUUUGCAGUCCUGCUGGGGUUAGGUAGCAGAGUGGGAGGAGGAAGAAGAAAUCAGUUGGGGACAGGAGUUCUAGGACUCAGAGAACAGACCCCAGGACUCUUCCCAACCCUACCCCCAUUUGUGUCCAGGGAAGCAAUCCUGGACCAUGACUCAGCAGCCACUUCGAGGAGUGACCAGUCUGCGUUUCAACCAAGAUCAAAGCUGCUUUUGCUGCGCUAUGGAGACAGGUGUGCGCAUCUACAACGUGGAGCCAUUGAUGGAGAAGGGGCAUCUGGACCAUGAGCAGGUGGGCAGCAUGGGCCUGGUGGAAAUGCUGCACCGCUCCAACCUGCUGGCCCUGGUGGGCGGUGGUAGCAGCCCCAAGUUCUCAGAGAUCUCAGCAGUGCUGAUCUGGGACGAUGCCCGGGAGGGCAAGGACUCCAAGGACAAGCUGGUGCUGGAGUUCACCUUCACCAAGCCAGUGCUGGCUGUGCGCAUGCGCCAUGACAAAAUCGUGAUCGUGCUGAAGAACCGCAUCUAUGUGUACUCCUUCCCCGACAAUCCCCGAAAGCUGUUUGAGUUUGACACCCGGGACAACCCCAAGGGGCUCUGUGACCUCUGCCCCAGCCUGGAGAAACAACUGCUAGUGUUCCCAGGACACAAGUGCGGGAGCCUGCAACUUGUGGACCUGGCAAGCACAAAGCCCGGCACCUCAUCUGCUCCGUUUACCAUCAAUGCACAUCAGAGCGACGUGGCCUGCGUGUCUCUGAACCAGCCAGGCACGGUAGUGGCCUCGGCCUCUCAGAAGGGCACCCUUAUUCGCCUUUUUGACACGCAGUCCAAGGAGAAGCUGGUGGAGCUGCGCCGAGGCACUGACCCCGCCACCCUCUACUGCAUCAACUUCAGCCAUGAUUCUUCCUUCCUGUGUGCAUCCAGUGAUAAGGGCACAGUCCACAUCUUUGCUCUCAAGGAUACCCGCCUCAACCGCCGCUCUGCGCUGGCUCGCGUGGGCAAGGUGGGGCCUAUGAUUGGGCAGUAUGUGGACUCUCAGUGGAGCCUGGCGAGCUUCACCGUGCCUGCUGAGUCAGCCUGCAUCUGUGCUUUUGGUCGCAACACUUCCAAGAAUGUCAACUCUGUCAUUGCCAUCUGUGUAGAUGGGACCUUCCACAAAUAUGUCUUCACUCCCGAUGGAAACUGCAACAGAGAGGCUUUCGAUGUGUACCUUGACAUCUGUGAUGACGAUGACUUUUAAGGACCCUGUGGGUUGUGCUAGGGACCUGCAGUGGCAGACUGCAAAGCCUGUGCGGGGGUGGGAGUGCUGUGGAAGCCACCAGCCAGCAAACAUUAAUGGAGCAGGUGCCCACUUUUCACUCUUAAGAGCAAUGCCUAAACAGCUCAGUCGCCCCAAGCACUUCUUGAUGACUGUGUGCCCGCAGAGCCAGGCCAGGGACUCAGAGAGACAGCGGCCCCCCUGGGGCUCCCAGCCUGGAGAAGACUGCUAGGGACCCAGAGUGGGUGCCCUAAUCCAACCUGUGGGGAUUUUUAAAAGACUUCCUAGAAAGAGACGAUCUCUGAUAUGAUGAAUAUGAAUAAAAGGCCCUUAAUAGUA